AAUUUUGAGACGAAACAAGGGAUUGGUCAAUACCUUCUGGAACCAGCAGACAUGCAUGCAAUCACAUAGUUUCCUUUCUUAAGUUUCUUUCUCUCUCCCCACCAUGCAUGUGUAUCCAUACAAUCUAUAAAACAGAGAAGAAGCAUCCACAUCUUUUGGCCAUUGCAAGAAAAUGAAACACUUCUACCAAUUCCAACAGCAGCUUGUCCUCUUCGUAGGUCUUGGCUUAUUGCUGUCUCUUCUUGCUUCAUUUGUUAUGAAGUGCAAUGCCUUGGAAGAUUUCACUGAUACAAGCGAUGUAAGAGACUUCAUUUCCAAAUACAAAAACCGCACCGGCGUCUCCAGAAAGCUUCUGCUAUCUCCGGAUAUUGGCGACGGGACCAAAAGGAUAGGAGAAGAAUGCUCAAAAGAUGAUCUUGUUGUCUUUCAAGGCUCAACGGUUCCACUUCCAAACGGAGUACCAGCAUUUACAGUUGAGAUCAUAAACGCAUGUGCCUCUGAUUGCAGCGUUACGGAGAUCCACGUCAGUUGUGGCUGGUUCAGCUCGGUCAGACUGGUUAACCCUAGAGUUUUCAGGCGACUCUCCUACGAUGAUUGUCUGGUCAAUGAUGGUCAACCUCUUUCUCCUGGACAGACACUCUCCUUUCAGUAUGCUAACAGCUUCUCUUACCCUCUCUCUGUCUCUUCAGUCUCUUGCUUCUAAUUUUAGACGUAUUUUCCACGGAACUGUGCUUCAGUUUUCAUCAAA